AUGGCUCAGGAAAUCCAUAUUUUCUUUCCGGCACGCAUUUUGAGAAGCAAAUCGCAUGCAACAUCGAAAUUGUCGAAUUUUUCGGAUUUCAAUCAUCUGACUACAUUUGGUUUUCGUGGCGAAGCUCUGAACUCACUUUGCGCUGUAAGCUCGUUGUCCAUCAUAACUCGACACGCCGAUGAACCAUUGGCAACCAAACUGCAUUUUGAUCAUAGCGGUUCGAUAAGGUCACGCGAGAAAUGCGCCAGACCAAAUUUGUUUGAAACGCUUCCCGUAAGACGGAAAGAAUUCGAGCGAACCGUCAAAAAAGCAUUCGCUAAACUUCUAACUGUUGUACAGUCGUUUGCGUUGUCAAGAACAGAUGUACGAUUUGUUGUGAACAGCUUGAUGCCUGGUAAGCAGCAUCAAGCACUGGUAACGCCUGGUGGUAAUGCAACAAUUAAAGAUGUCAUUGUGAGCCUCUUCGGUGCGCGUUUUGAAAAAGGAACAAUUCUGGACAUUGUUGAGCAGCAUCCAGAUGAGUCUGUAUGCGCACUGUAUGGUAUUUCUGAUCAGUCGAAGUUUGAUGACAUCAGGUAAGU